CCUAGGCUUUGGUUUGGUUUGGGUCACCAUCUUCCAUUGACUACUUGUUCAUUCAGAUGCCUCUCUUUCAAUGGGAAAUUGGACUUUUGGCUUAUUUUCUUCUCUUACCAUAUUUUUUUCUUCGACCCUUUAAAUGGUUCAUCAUUUUCGUUGAGAAAUACAACUUAAUUACCUUCCUCAUGAUUUGACCAUUUCUUUCUUCUUGUUAUCUCAUCCACUCCCAUGGGAAUUUGUUGGCCUAAACCUGCUAAGUGCGGUCAUGCUUCUUCCACUAACUUUUCAGGUGGUUCAAAGACUCAUACACCAGUUUCCAGCAAUCUCAAUGUUGAUACAUCUGUUUCUAGCAAUCUCAAAGCUUUUAGCUAUUCUGAUCUUAAAACUGCCGCCAAAAACUUCCGGUCGGAGACUCUUCUCGGAGAGGGAGGAUUCGGAUGCGUUUUCAAAGGUUGGCUUGAUGAGAACACUUUGGCUCCUACCAAGCCCGGAACUGGAAUUGUUGUAGCCAUCAAAAGACUUGCGGCAGAAAGCUUUCAAGGCCACAAGGAAUGGCUUGCAGAAGUUAACUAUUUGGGUCAGCUUCACCAUGAAAAUCUUGUGAAGCUAAUUGGCUAUUGUGCAGAGGAUGAGAAUAGGCUUUUGGUUUAUGAGUUUAUGCCAAAGGGAAGUUUGGAGAAUCAUUUAUUUAGAAAAAGUGUUCAACCGAUUUCCUGGGCUACGCGGAUGCACAUUGCUAGGGGUGUCGCACGGGGAUUGUCCUUUUUACAUAGUUUAAAUGCUAAUGUGAUCUACCGUGAUUUAAAGGCUUCCAACAUUCUUCUCGAUUCGGACUACAAUGCAAAGCUUUCAGAUUUCGGCUUGGCAAGAGAUGGUCCAACUGGCGAUAACACCCAUGUCUCAACCAGAGUUGUAGGCACUCAAGGUUAUGCAGCCCCUGAAUAUGUAGCAACAGGUCGUCUGACCCCAAAGAGUGACGUGUACAGCUUCGGUGUUGUACUAUUAGAAUUACUUUCGGGACGACGGGUAAUGGAUGAUGACCGAGCUGGUUUGUCGGAAGAAACUCUGGUGGAGUGGGCAAAACCCUUUCUAGGUGACAAUAGGAAAAUGCUAAGGAUUAUGGAUACAAGGUUGGGGGGACAGUACUCUAAGAAAGGAGCACAAGCAGCGGCUGCUCUCGCAUUGCAGUGCUUACAUACGGAUCCGAAGAACAGGCCUUCCAUGGCCGAUGUUCGGGUUUCGUUAGAACGAAUCCAUACAACAAUGGAUACACCAAGAACACCACCUCAACAGUCACCAGCAAGGCUGCAUUCUCAAGGGAUUAAGCAUGUGAAUAGCCCUCACAAGGCAAGAGUUCCAACUGCAAAUUCACGUUGAGAAAUUUUGUUUUCUUUUUUUCUUUCUUCUUUUUAUCUCGGACGAAUUCACUUAUUAUAUCUCAAGUUUGUCAGACAGGUGUUGAAUACGUGAUAAUUAUUGUAACAUCAAAAUCCCUAUGUACAUGAACCAUUUUUGUUGUACCAAAUAUUGUAGAAAGAUAUUGAAAGAGAAAUAAUGAAGUUUCACCAUUGGUUUGA